GGAGAGCUCCACGGAGGACGAUGCGCAUGUGCAAGGGCCGGAGCACUGCGCAUGCGGGAAGAUGGCCGGCCCGGGAUCCUGAGUUCCUCCGCGGUCCAUCAAAAAUAAGGAUCAAUCUAGAAGAAAAUGUGCAGUAUGUGUCCAUGAGAAAAGCUUUGAAAGUGAAGAGGCCCCGUUUUGAUGUGUCGCUGGUGUACUUAACUCGAAAGUUUAUGGAUCUUGUCAGAUCUGCCCCUGGGGGCAUUCUCGAUCUAAACAAGGUUGCCACAAAACUGGGAGUUCGGAAACGGCGCGUGUAUGACAUCACCAACGUUUUGGAUGGCAUCGAGCUGGUGGAAAAGAAGUCCAAGAACCACAUUCGAUGGAUAGGAUCCGACCUGAACAACUUCGGAGCGGCACCACAACAGAAGAAGCUGCAGGCCGAGCUCUCGGACCUGUCGGCGAUGGAAGACGCCUUGGACGAGUUGAUUAAAGAUUGUGCCCAGCAGCUAUUGGAGUUAACGGACGACAAAGAGAAUGAAAGACUAGCAUACGUAACCUAUCAGGAUAUCCACAGCAUCCAAGCCUUCCAUGAGCAGAUUGUUAUUGCUGUGAAAGCUCCAGAGGAAACCAGACUGGACGUCCCAGCUCCCAGAGAAGAUUCUAUCACAGUUCAUAUCCGAAGUACCAAAGGACCCAUUGACGUGUAUCUGUGUGAAGUUGAACAGACCCACUCAAGUGGUAAAACAGCCGAUGGGGUAGGGGCCUCUCCAUCUAAAAACAGACACCCAGAAUGCCCCUCGAAAGAAGACAAGUCUCCUCAGUCAGAGCCACUCAAAGUGAGCGACUGACAGCAAUGCCAAGUGGUGAAGGUUUUUGGAGCCUCCUGCGUGGAUGAAUUAUGUACCAGUUUGAUCCUCAGCAAUAAGUCUUCGUGGCGUGGUCUCGUUCUCUUACUCUAGAUUCGUAGCAGCGUGAAGGCCAGUAGUGUCCCUGAGUAGCUUCCUGCUUAGGUCCCUGGAUGGUUUCCACGUUCAAAAUUAGCUAUUGCUAAUUCUUCGCUGCCUUUUGUCAGUGAGACGGACCUCUUCCCUCCUGAGAUGAUUUUAUCACAGAGGAUAUCAGGAGAACAGACAGUUGGCCAUGGUCGUGGACUCUGCCCUUCCCUGAUGGAUGGUGUUUUUGCUUCUCAGAAGAAUUGCCUUACACUGGCUCACAUUCACGGUUAGGUGUAGUGCACUGGUGAGGUGUACACACAGGACCAAAUGUGGCGCCUUUGUACAUAUCUGUAUCAUGUUUAGAUUGCUUAUGAAAUAUGUCUGAGUGACACUUCUGCCCUAGAUCAGCCAAAAUAAUGUAUAUAGAGAAAAUGACAGCUCUCUACUUCUUCAGCAUCAAUAACUUAUUAGAACCCUCUGGAUGGGGGUGAGGGGAGUUUUCUAAAGUUUUACAUGUAGACAUUUCACAGACAAUGCUGUAUAUUUAGGUUCACAUACUUAAAGUAUUUUAAUACAGUUCCCAAUGCUACAAUAGGAGUUGGAUACUUCUUGAUUUUAAGCUGCCUACAGAGUCACUACUUCCCAGUAGAUUGGUGGUGUGCCUCAAGGUGUUGGGGACAAGUAUAGAAAUGCCCUCUGGCAACGGAUCAGUUCGCCACACCGUGAGUUUGGUCCUGGUGAAAGUAAAAGCAUUGUCAACGCUUUGUGCAAGCAGAUUUUAUAAUGUGUUUCUGUGUGCAGCCGCGCUGCUCUGUCAGAGGGUCUUAGCUCCCAUGCAUCAUACCCUGCCCACCCUCAUGCUCUCACCCAGCCUUCCCAAGCACCUAGCUGUUUCUACCUCAGUGGAUAAGUCAUUUACCUCUCUGUGCCUCUGUUUACCACUAGACUGUGAGCUCCAUGAGAAACCUUUUCGUAGUCACGCUCAGCACCUCGCACCACACCUAGUCCAUAAUAAGUGCCCAAUCAAUGUCUAUCGAACUAGCGCGUGGGUGAGUGCAACAUGGGGCCGAUGGAACCGGGCUUAUUGUUGGACAGGAGUCUGGGGAACAUCAUUGGUAUGUUAAACCUCUCUUGUUUUACAAAAGAUUUGAAGCAACUUGAAAUAAUGACCAUGUGUACAAAAAAAAAUAAAAAUUAAAGUAGGGAAUCCAAAAUUAAAGUAUUAAAAAUAAUA